CACACACUCACAGUAAAAAAUUAGGUAAAAUAAAUAAAAUUUAAAAUUUAAAAAAAAAAAAUAAAAUAAAAAAUAAUAAAAUAUGCACUGUGCGAUUGCUAAUAGUUUAUACGUUGUGGGGGUAUGAAAAGCUUAACACAUUUGAGCCAACACCAGAUAAAUUUAUAAAUUUAUAAAUUAAUAAAUAAACCUAACAAUUAUCUGUAUCAUUUAAAACUAGUCUUUUUAUACCACUAAGUAAGAAAGGAGGGACAUCCAGACAAGACUCAAAGAUAAAGAAAUAGAUAUUUGAUUUCUUUUACUUGAUUCUUUGCUAGAAAGUAAAUACUUGGCCCCGGUUUAGUAGGCCUUUUGGUGACUUAUACUUCAUAAAUUUUUAUAUCUUUUCCUAGUAAAAUCAAAACUUGUUAUAAUACCCUUUCAUAGAAUCAUAAUAUGUCUACUCAUCAAAGAAAACAAAGUAAAGCAUCAUUCUAUAUAGACCUUGAAAAGUCUCCUAAGAGUGUGACCCAAUUAUCACCUGAAGAAUCUAAUUCAGGCUCAACAACAAUUAAUAACGAAAAGAAAGACUCCAUUCUAGAUGACGAUCCAAUUAUCAUGGUAGAUCCUGUCAUCAAAACGAAUCAUUGGAUGAAAUUCCUUUCAUUUGUUUUCAUAUUAAUUUUCAUAUUCACAUCUUUCCAAGUUGUUCUUUCAUUUGUUAACCUCAACAUGAAUGAGGAUAGAGAAAGUCUUGUAAUUGCAUCAUCCGCCCCACCCUUAACACAAUCGCCUCCAUUAUCAAUUCAUAAGAGUCAAUUAGACAAGCAAGAAGCAGUCUUAGCAGGUCAUAAUUAUUUCCCUUAUAAGGGUGAAGAUAGUGACACAUCAACUUCCUCCACUAAAAAUUAUGGAAAUGAUAUAAAUGAUAAGAAUAUACUUGAUGUAUCUUCUUCAUCUUCGUCUUCAUCUUCAUCUUCACCUUUGCAAGCAUUAAAAGAAAUUUUUGCUGUCAAUCCAAUUAUUAUUAUUUCUAAUAAUAAUCCUUUGCAGCAUAAGUUUGAAACGAUUUUAAUGAAUAUAAAUAUUCAUCCUGAACCAAAAAUCGUCGAUUUAUUAAAACACCCGGACUAUUCAGAAAUCAUGUCAUAUCUUGAAGUAGAGUUUGCUGAUGAACUCGAAGAUGAAGAUGCUAUGGAAAAUGACGAUGAUGAUAUCCCAAGAUUAUUCAUUGCUGGAAAAUCUUAUGGGAAUUAUUACAAGAUCUUCAAACUCUACGAAUCUAAUCUUUUACAAUCAUAUUUAAGAGAACACGGUAAAGGUAAAAUUACCAUUGGAUAGAUUGUUUAUUUUUGCUGAUAUUGUAUAUUAGUUUACGUGUUAUGAUGUUCCUGAGAUUUUGUUUCGUUGCUUUCGGUUUGUUUUUCCAAAUACCCAAAAGUCAAGUUGUUUUUUAUUUUGUUUUAUUUAUUUAUUUAUUUAUUAAUUUAUUAAUUUGUUGUUUUAGUAUAGAUUGCUUUCUUUAUAGGGUUUGUGUUUGUCGUAC